AUGGAAUCCUCAGACAAUGAAACCGUGGUCAUUAGACCUCAAAAGGAAAGUUCUCAACCCGGAGAACUACUGUUCCUCAAUCAAAAAUAUGAAAUAAACAAUCACGGCAAGGCAACCAAGAAUUUCCGAACCCAAGACAUUCGCAUUCGUAUUGACUAUGAUAAAUUGACCAUCAGAGCACAAUGCUCAGCAACGAAGAAUAAAGACUCGUCGCGUGACUGCAUUGAAAAAUCAAUACCUCUGGCUGUUCCACUCAGCAAAUCUCACAUCAAAGCUACACAUAUGACUGAUGAAAGAUUAGUGGUUGUGGCACCUGUAGCAAAGGCCAUCCACAAAGAGGUCCCAAUUGUUGCUCGAUGCGGAUUCGACAUAGGAAAGUUCGCUAUCGAUUUUAAUGCACAAGAAGAAGUGGAUGGAAUCAGAGUUGUGAACAAAGAGAUGAAAUGCUUUCUCCUGUUGCGAUUAACACUGGAACCACCCUUCACUGUGUCUUCCACUGUUGCAUGUAUUGGAAUUCGCCUCUGGUGUGCUGCUGGAAAUCGGCUGUGUAUUAGUGGUGAGGCCAACUGGUCACCCUCAACUCGAACAAUAAUGGAUUCACCAUUUGAGGAGCAUCGGAGUUUCCGACGUGUCUUUGUUGCCCCUGGACUAAUUGAUGUGAGCUAUGCUAAAGCGGAGGUAAUCGAUGGGAAAUAUCUCAUCUUUGAAGCACCACUAAUUCAAUAA